UUUUUUAAUUUUUUCAUCAUCUUGUUCAGGUAAAAAUCAGCCAUUUUGAGGAAGAUUAGUCACAAGUUAAGACCGAGCUAGCUAUGGCUAAAAACCAGCUUGGAGUUCUUAACGCAUUGGAUGCAGCAAGGACACAAUGGUAUCAUUUCACUGCAAUUGUAAUUGCAGGAAUGGGAUUCUUUACGGAUGCUUAUGAUCUGUUUAGCAUCUCUCUUAUCACAAAAUUGCUUGGCCGAAUUUACUACCACGUUGAAGGAGAUCCAAAACCUGGAAUAUUGCCUCCUAAUGUAGCAGCUGCCGUUAAUGGUGUGGCCUUUUGUGGCACUUUUGCUGGUCAGCUUUUCUUUGGCUGGCUUGGUGAUAAAUUGGGUCGGAAACGAGUUUAUGGGCUUACCCUAAUCCUCAUGGUGGUGUGCUCCAUUGCCUCCGGGAUUUCCUUUCGAAAGUCUCCAAAUAGUGUCAUGGCAACACUUUGCUUUUUCAGGUUUUGGCUUGGUUUUGGAAUUGGUGGUGACUAUCCCCUCUCGGCCACAAUCAUGUCUGAAUAUGCCAACAAGAAGACUCGUGGAGCAUUUAUCUCUGCAGUUUUUGCAAUGCAAGGAUUUGGAAUUUUAGCAGGUGGAAUUGUUGCUCUUAUUGUGUCAGCUGCAUUUGAUCAUGCAUAUAAGGCCCCUCCAUAUAAAAUUGACGCAGCAGGCUCAACUGUGCCUGAAGCUGACUAUAUUUGGCGCAUCAUUCUGAUGUUUGGAGCAGUUCCUGCUCUCCUCACUUACUACUGGCGAAUGAAGAUGCCAGAAACAGCCCGAUACACCGCCCUCGUAGCCAGAAACGCAAAACAGGCUGCUGCAGACAUGUCCAAGGUGUUGCAAGUGGAGCUAGAAGUUGAAGAAGAGAAGGUAGAAAAGAUAGGAACAGCACCAUCCAACUCUUUUGGUCUAUUCAGUAAGGAAUUUGCCCGGCGCCAUGGACUGCACUUGGUUGGAACAACUACCACUUGGUUCUUAUUAGACAUUGCCUAUUACAGUUCCAAUCUGUUUCAAAAAGACAUCUUUAGUGCAAUAGGUUGGCUUCCAAAACCUGAAAUCAUGAGUGCAACUCAUGAGGUUUAUCGGGUUGCAAAGGCACAAACACUUAUUGCACUUUGUGGCACUGUCCCUGGAUACUGGUUUACAGUGGCUUUCAUCGAUUAUAUAGGCAGGUUCACAAUUCAAUUGAUGGGUUUCUUCUUCAUGACAGUAUUCAUGUUUGCUCUUGCCAUCCCUUACCAUCACUGGAGAUCUCACCACGCUGGAUUCCUUAUCAUGUACUCAUUGACCUUUUUCUUUGCAAAUUUUGGACCCAACGCCACCACAUUUGUCGUGCCAGCUGAAAUUUUUCCAGCAAGGCUGAGGUCAACAUGCCAUGGGAUAUCAGCGGCAGCAGGCAAAGCUGGGGCCAUAGUUGGUGCAUUUGGGUUCUUGUACGCAUCACAAAGCACAGAUCCAUCAAAGACUGAUAAAGGUUACAAGCCUGGUAUUGGAGUGAAAAAUUCACUGCUUGUGCUUGGUGCAAUCAACUGCCUUGGGAUGGUGUGUACUCUUUUGGUGCCUGAGUCCAAGGGAAAAUCAUUGGAAGAGCUAACAGGUGAAAAUGAAGACCAUGGCAACGAGAUCCAACAGUCAUCUACUACUCCGACAGUUCCGGUCUGA